AAUGGAGGGCGUAGUUUUAGUAAGCUAAUUCUGGCUUGAUUGGCUCUACUACACUAUAUAUUUGCUGGCGCCCACAGUAACCAGGGAAAAAGUGAAGAAACAUGAAGGAGCGUGCUUCAUACCUGCACUGCAGCUUCUUCCUUCUCUCUCUCUUUUGUUUAUUUACUCUCUCCAAGGCUCAACUAACCUGGCGGAAUAUUUCUAAUCCAGAGGCACUCUGUAACGACUACACUAGGGCUGGAUAUUUUAUAAGAAGAGAGCCAGGGGGUAGCAGCAAAUGGCUUGUAUUUUUGGAGAGUGGCGGCCUCUGCUAUUCUAUAGAGACUUGUAAUUCGAGGCUCGUGCACCCUCGCAUUAGAAGCAGGAACAAGCCACCAAGACAAGCAUGGAAUGACAACAAAUUCCUUCCACCUAGAGAAAGAAUCAACCCAUUCAUGACGUCUUUGGUCACUGCUACUGGGGACCCUAACGUUUCUGGGUUUUAUGGACGUGACCUCCUCGACACAGACAGGGAGAAGAACCCCAUCUUCUAUAAUUACAAUCACAUUCUCAUUCCAUAUUGCAGCAGUGAUGCCUGGCUUGCAAAUGACACUAGGCCUAGUGUGCUUAAUAUUACUAGUCGAAGAGAUUUUAAUUUCUCCAACGACGCUUUCACUGACAAUCUCCCAAAGCUCCAGUUUAUAUUUCGUGGUUCUGUCAUAUUCCGGAGUGUCAUUGAAGAGCUCCUUGCUAACGAGAACCUCACAGACGCAACAGAAUUGGUCCUAGCAGGUUCCAGUGCUGGCGGGAUUGGAGUCGUCAAUCAUGCAUCAUGGGUGGAACAACAACUCAACCAAUCCCUUACAAAGAUUAGCAUUAUAACCGAAUCUGCUUGGUUCAUCAAUUUCCGUGAUAACAUAUUCAUUCGUUUCAACGAGAGUAGCUCAAAUAACGAAGAAGGCCUCCUCUCUAUCAUUUCUUCCAUUCCUCAAUGCUCAAACAAUGACUCCACUUCUCCUUGCUGCAUUCGUCUUCACUGCAUGCUUAGCAGUCCCGAGUUCUUCCCGGCCGGGCGGAUACCAGUAAUCUCCCUAACUAGCCUACAUGAUCUCUUCAUACUUUCAGACACUAUAGCAACUACCGUCCUCCCUGGAGAACCCAGUAACAGUGAUGGCUCUGGAGCUCUACCAGAGCUUGGAAUAUCGUUUCUAAACGUCAUAUCGGAAUAUGGAGGCGCAAUGAACACCACCCUAGCUACAGCUGCUGUCAUUCCUGGUGUGAGCCUCAUCAUUACCGAAUGCUUCCAGCAUAUUUAUUUUGCUACUUCUACUCUCUGGGAUCACAAUGGUAUACUCUCAGACACAGCUGUUGUGGAGCUGUCUAAUAGUCUUGGCUCAUUUAGUGCUUCAUACAAACAUAAUAUCACCAGUGGUACAUGGUCUUCCUAUUUCUUCUCUGGCAGCGGUAGAGCAAGUAGUAACCUCACAUUGAUACAGAGCUCGUGUGACUCCUCAAAUGCUCUUACUAUUCAAGACGCCAUUCUCAUGUGGUACUAUUGUCGUGACAGUGAGACUAUGAUAUUCAGAGAUCACUGCACGACUGUUCAUUGCAACCAGGAGUGUCCUGAUGAAGUAGAUUUUGCUUUUGAUCUGAGUGACCCAAGGAACUGGAUAGUGAAUGCUACGUCGGCAGUUGUUGCUUCCAUCACAGUCAUUUCUAUUGCUUUUAAACUGGUAUUCUUUAUUUGGGACUCAAUACUAUCACUGAAGUAUAAGCUGUACAUACACAGAAUGGUUGGAGAGCAAGAGCUAACUAAUCUACAUGUACAUGAGGAAUCUGAUGGCCCUAAAUUCCCAGAGUGCAGUAUAGAAGAAGCGGUGUCUGUAGCUUGUGUUGACCUAAAGUACAGCAUUGACUUCCAUCCAAAGAAAGUGAAGAAUGAGAAAGAGGACAGGACCACAAUAUCACUAGUCAUUGAUGAUGAAGAGCCAGCCAUUAAGGACAAACCUCCCCUGGAGAAGAAAGCUUCAUCAAGACUUCUCAGGAAGCCCUCUGAUUGGUCAGAUUGGACGGCAAGACUCAUAAUUAAUAAACAAAGAAACAUGUCGUCAUCAGCAAUGUCUCGUAAGUCCAUUGUGGUGGAUCUUCCUAAAGAAGAUGAAGACGAUGAUGAUCAUGAUGAUAAUGAUGAUGAUGAUGAAACUAACAAUACUAAUGGAGAGACAACUCCUGAAUUACCUCAAGCUCAUCCUAAGUUGCAAAGACAGCCUAAUGAAGUGUCUGAAGAAACAACCUCUCCCCCAUCAUACAGUAAAAAGAUCAGUAAUGCUAGUUCCCAGGAUCCAUUAAUGAGUUCUGUUGGUAGUAGGACAUUACAGAGAGCCUUCCUUCCUGCCAUGCCUCCUCCGAUUGAUGAGGCUGAUGGCCCGGCAGGAAGCUCAUCCCAUCAUUUACUACAGUCAAAUCCUUCCAUUUCCAGCUCAAUGUCACAAACCAAGCCUACUCCUGGUCUGUGUGGUUUUGGUCGAGUGAGGAAAGAGAUAUUAAGAGGCAUCUCGCUUUACUUCAAUCCUGGAGAGCUAGUCGGGAUAAUGGGACCUUCAGGCUGUGGUAAGACAACAUUUCUAGAUUUGUUAACUGGAAGGAGAAACAAAGGAAACGUUUCUGGUCACAUAUACAUCAAUGGCUACCCUCUUGAGCAAGUCAGGAAGAAGUACAUAUACAGCACUGGGUACGUCCUCCAGCUGGCCACACCUUAUUACGAGGAGCUCACUGUCCGUGACAACCUCACCCUCUCUGCCCACAUGAGACUGCCCUCGAAGAUGACCUGGAGGGAGAAAUUUGAGAGAGUGGAACAAGUUAUGAGCGUGGUAAGUGAUAUAAGUAUGUACUGCAAGGAAUGA